CAAUUCUAAAUCCCUCCAUAACCUGCAACUCAGGCCAAGCAAUAUGUCCACAGCUCCACAGUUCUUCCAACUCCACAAGCAUCUGCCACCAAGCACUGUAUUGUUCCCACAUGAGUCAUCAUCCCAAUCUUAUAACCAUUCUGAUGACUACAAUACAUGGCUGACCCACCCCUGACUUUACACCUCAAUAUAACCCCUCUCCCGCUUUCGCUCCCCCCCCCCAUCACACCAACACACAGCCAAGUAAGCUCACACAGUAGCUUUUGUACUCCUCUCUCUUCAUCCUCCUUCCAGAGCACUUUGUAGAGUCCCCGGUGACGCCCUUGCCAUGUUGGAAGGCAAGGCCGUGGUUAGCGACACUGACAUGCUUCAAACCAUGCAGGAUGAAGCACUUUGCCUCGCCGCCAAAGCCCUUGAUGUCUUCGAUAUCACUGAUUCCACCCAGAUUGCUUGCUUCAUUAAGAAGGAGUUUGACAGGCUUCAUGGACCAGGGUGGCAGUGCAUCGUGGGAACAGAUUUUGGUUCUUUUGUUACUCACUUCUGUGGCUGCUUCAUCCACUUCUGCAUCGGCAGCCUUGCAAUCUUGCUUUUCAAGGGUGCCUCAGGUCUUGAGGAAGAGGAAAACCAGUUCACAGCUUUGGAGCUGGUGAAGGCAUGAACCUGUUUUUUUCUUUUUCUUUUUUUUGUUGUUGUUCUUGAAGGGUUUACCAUGUAAAGAAGAAAAAUUGCAAGUACAAUAGAUUUCAUGUUUCGCAGUA